UCCGUGUUGACGCCUGAUCGCAGGCGCGAGAGUCGAGGGAGGUGAACCGGCGCGCGGUUCAUGGAAAGCAUACCGGAAUUGUGAGAAGGGCCAAGCGCAUGCGCGCAUUUUUUGCACUCGGAAAAUGCCACAAGCUGCAAGAUGGGUGGGCUCGCCCUCGAUCAAGGGACGGAGGGAGUGGGUGCGCAUGGUGUUGUUGACUUUCAGUUUGUUGGGACUACAAUUUACCUGGGGCAUUGAAAUGACUUAUUGCACACCAUACCUUCUCCAACUGGGCCUCACGAAAUCCAAAACCUCGCUUGUCUGGAUCGCCGGCCCCCUGUCCGGCUUGAUCAUCCAGCCGCUCAUCGGUGUUAUUGCGGAUCGCUCCCGGUCGAAAUGGGGACGGCGCAGACCCUUCAUGAUUGUGGGAUCGUUCCUGGUCGCGUUGUGCUUGCUUGUUCUUGGUUGGACGACAGAAAUCGUGAACAUGUUUGUCAAGGAACCGGAAAAGGCCAAAAAUGCUACAAUUGCACUCGCAGUCCUGAGCAUCUACGCCGUCGACUUUGCAAUCAAUGUUGUUCAAGCGUGCUGUCGCAGUUUGAUUGUCGAUACAUUACCCAUCCCUCUACAGCAGACCGGGUCAGCAUGGGCGACGAGGAUGUCAGCAAUUGGCCAACUCAUUGGAUACGUCAUUGGCUCCAUUGACACGGUCAGCAUAUUUGGCGCCAUCAUUGGCGACACGCAGUUCAAGCAAAUGACUGUAUUUGCGGCCUUCUCUUUGAUAGGAGCGGUCUUCGUUACCUGCUUCGCUGUUAAGGAGAGGGUCCUGAUCACUGCCAGAGAUUCCGACAGCAAUGCCGGAGCGCUACAGGUGAUCUCUCAACUUGUCAAGACCACAAUGGAUCUGCCACCGCGCAUUCAGGCCAUCUGCUGGGCUCAAUUCUGGGCUUGGAUCGGCUGGUUCCCCUUCCUCUUCUACAGCACCACGUGGGUCGGAGAAACCUACUUUCGCUACGAAGUCCCUAAAGAUGCAAUCCACCCAAGCGACAUGCUGGGCGAAGUCGGUCGAGUGGGCAGUCUAUCCCUCGUCGUCUUUUCCUCCAUCACCUUCAUCGGCUCCGUCCUGCUGCCAUUCUGCGUCCAGCCCCCCGACAGCAAGCGUCCCAGAUUCACGCCACGCCCGCCCCCGGGCAUCGCCUCGCUCCUCAAGAAAAUCACCGCCAUCCGCCCAGACCUCCAAACCACCUGGCUCAUCUCCCACGUCAUGUUCGCCGCGACCAUGAUCUUCGCCCCCCUGGCGCGCUCCCGCGCCUUCGCCACCUUCCUCGUCGCCCUCUGCGGCAUCCCCUGGGCCGUCAGCUGCUGGGCCCCGUUCGCCUUCAUGGGCGUCGAAAUCAACAAACUCGCCAUGAAUCCCUCCCAAUCCUCCCGCUCCAGCGGCGUCACCAUGAUCACCUCCUCCGGCUUCGGCACCUACUCCGACCGCGCCUCAACCGCAGACUCCACCGAAAUGGACGUCCUCCGUCUGAACCACCACGACCCGGACAGCGACUCCGACGUCGAAGACGGCGGCGCCAACUCCAACAUUCCCUCCACCGGCGAACUCGCCGGCAUCUACCUCGGCGUGCUGAACGUCUACACCACCCUGCCCCAAUUCGUCGGCACCUUCAUCAGCUGGAUCGUCUUCAGCGUCCUCGAGCCCGGAAGCACCAAACGGGAUGACUCCGCCGCCCAGGACUCCCAGUGGAUGAACCUGGAUAAAAGCUCCCCCAACGCCAUCUCGAUCUGUCUGUUCAUCGGCGCUCUGAGUGCCCUGGUCGCUGUUGAGGCGACAAGACGAAUGCGGUAUACUUCUUAAUCACAAUUGAUGUGUGCGUGGAUUCUUCUUCGGGGCAUUUGUUCCAAUUUCUAUCUUUUUCUUUUCUUUUUUUGCUUCACUUUCUGCCAGGACUAGAUUCUAGAUUCUAGAUUCUAGACUUUCUGGACUUGAGACUCGAGGCCCUAUACAUCUACAGAUGAUGAAGAUGAUUAUCG